ACAGUGAUAAAGUGCAGGCAAAAGAGAACUUUCAGUUGUUUGCCAACGUUCUAAGCGUGUUGGGGACACUUUACUUCGCACCGUGGAGCUUGGCCAGCCGCCGCGGCAUAGUAAAGCGAAGCAAACAAGCGAGCGAGCGAGCAAGUGAAUCCGAUAACUGCAUGGAGCCCCAGUGCUAGCGCCAGCACCAGUGAGCUCCCCGGUGUUUGGGAUUUGUUGUGUUACAUUACCACUAUAUAAAUAAAGUAUAAAAUUCAAGCGCGCGCUUGUGUUUCUGUGUGUGUGUGUGUGUGUGUGUGGCGUUCAUGCAAAGUGGAAAAUUAAGAAGAAAAAUAAAAGCUUGUAAAAGAGCAAAGUGACAAAGUGUGUGAAUAAGCGCAGUAACGCCAGUACCAUCCAGCAGCAGGAGUAGCAGCAAAAGACUACGCAAAAGGUUUUCUUAUAAUUUCUGUUUAAUCGAAGAAAAAGGUGAAAUUCUCCUUCCACAACUGCUUUGCAAACAAAAAAACAAAGCUCUUAUUGAAUGCAAAAAGGAAAAAAUUCAAUCCAAAAUUAAGUGAAAUUUGUUUGCAUCGGCAUUCGCAAACUAGGUGAAGUGAAGUGGAGUGAAGUUAUCGUUCGAUUCGUUGUUGUAUUGCUUGCUGAUAGCUGUUUUGUGAGCGCGUCACGGUGUAAAGCGGUAAAAUAAGAGGUGGGCGUGUGAAAAGCGGGUGUGUCGUUGCCGUUGCUGGUGUAGUUACAGGAUUCGGGGUGAAUAUGGCGCCGGGCGUAUGUGUAACAAGUUUCCGUAUGUUAAUGCGGCGCACGGAAUUGUGUAGCCAUCUAUGCCGUGGACUGCGGCUAACACCAACCGGGCCGUAUUUGCUGAAUUCUUGGAGCACCAGACGAUAUUGCAAGCAAAGCGAUGAUGCGUCAAAAGAGGAGCAACCACAACGUACAGGCAAAACUAAAACAGUUAAUGAAAAUGCGGGCCCGACCGCCAAAGAGAGCAGCCUUUUAUCGAAAAGCAUGCAAGCGCAUAAUUUAAAUACAAAUCAAUUGCUUAAAGCAGAUGAAAAUCGCUCAAAAGAGGGCGGCGAUCUUACACAAUUGAAAAUUUCACAGUUGCGCGCUGAACUACGCGCGCAUGGUUUGAGUCCCGUUGGCAAAAAGGAUGUGUUGGUGCAGCGCUUGCAAAGUUAUUUACAGCUGAACGCAGCAAAGUCCAUCACUCAAAUACCAGUGGAAGUGCAAGAUGAGCAAGCGAAUGCAGACACAUUGGAGGAGAAAGCAAGCAGAAGCGAAAAAGCAGUUAGUGAAGAAAAAGCAUACGCUAAGAAAGAGGAAAAUUCACACGAGGAAUCAACACAAAUUGAGAUAAUUCAGGAAAAACUCUCACAAAUCGAGCCUGAAAUAGAAAAGUCAAUUCCCACACCGCCGGACGAGUCUUCUUUGGAUAAACUGAAUAUUCGCGCCGCGAAUCCCCACUCUCAUUUCGAAAAGAGCAGCGAGAAAACAGAAAGUUCUUCAACUUCUUUUUCCAACCUCGAAGCAGUGGGUAUCGUUUCAGCUGCCGCCGGUAAAAAUGAUGGCAACGACGAUAGUCCUGAUGAUGACGAAAUAUUUCAAAAGCAUUCCUCUGCAAAGCACAAUGUGGAAAUGGAGGGAAAGCAACCCAAGGGCGAUGUUUAUGUCGAAUAUAUACAGGGACUUCCACACCUAACAGUGCCGCUGCCAAGCAGAAUGGAAAAAUGCCGUUUUGCUUUGAGGCCUGUCUCGCACAAAGUGGGCGAUUUAAUCGAAAUGUUGAAAAUUGAAGAUCACGGUAUUGAUCGAGCGGUUGUGCUGAAUAAAUGCGGUGUACGGAUAGCGUCCACAUGCGCCAUCGAUAGCCUUAUGGAUGAGCCAUUUUGGCUACAAAUAAAUGACAACAAAUAUGAAGUUAUUCCUCCCAAAAGGAAAAAACUCGACUCAGAAGACUUAAAGAGGCUAAGUGAUGUUAGAACUUUAGUAGCACAAUUAUACGAAGCUUUACACGUCGGCGAAUAUCAUUUGCACAAAGAGCAAGAGUUAGUGAAAAAAAUAGAAAAUUUAAAAUUUGAAAUAUCACCACUAGAAAUGGAAAAGCAAGAAUUAACAAAACUUGCGGAACGUAAAACUGUCAUCGCAACAUGGGUCGGUCUCAGCUUGAUGGCGGUGCAAUUUGGCGUUUUAGCGCGUCUCACCUGGUGGGAAUAUUCUUGGGAUAUCAUGGAACCCGUCACAUACUUUGUAACCUAUGGCACAACGAUGGCCAUAUAUGCCUACUACUGCCUAACAAAAACGGAAUACAAUUUCGAAUCGGCUAGAGAUCGCCUCUUCCUCAUAAGCAUACACAAAAAAGCCAAAAGGAAGAACUUUGACAUUGAGAAAUAUAAUAUUCUGAGACGCCAAAUAGCCGAAGCUGAAUACGAUUUACGUCGUCUGCGCGAUCCCAUCAAUUUGCAACUGCCGCCACAUAUUGAUCGUUCACAACGGAUUACAUCAAACGAGCCACCAACGAGUGUCACCAGCGAAAAGAAACCCGUCAGCUUCCGACUGCCCUUCUUAGAACCGAAAAAUUAA